GAGCCAACCAAUAAAUUCAGAGUUGCCGGAAUCUUCAGAGCGAUAAUGGCUGGAGUCGAUGUGGUUUUCGACUUCGACAAGACGAUCAUUAACUUGGAUAGCGAUAAUUGGGUGGUGGAUGAACUCGGUGCCACCGAUUUGUUCAACCAGCUUCUUCCUACAAUGCCGUGGAACUCUGUCAUGGAUCGGAUGAUGAUGGAGCUCCAUGCAGGAGGAAGAACUAUUGACGAUAUUGUUGAGGUUCUUAAACGCGUUCCGAUUCUUCCCGAUGUCGUUCCAGCCAUUAAAACCGCUCAUGCUCUAGGAUGUAAUUUGAGGAUUGUGAGUGAUGCGAAUAUGUUUUUCAUCGAAACGAUUUUGGAUCAUCUCGAAAUAAGAGAAUGCUUCUCCGAAAUCAACUCGAAUCCAGGCUUCGUCGAUGAAGAAGGAAGAUUAAGGAUUCGUCCUAUUCACGAGUUCCAUGAAUCUUCUCACGGAUGCAAUCUCUGCCCUCCGAACAUGUGCAAGGGCAUCAUUAUGGAGCGGAUUCAAGCCUCGUUAAUGUUAGAUGGGAAGAAGAAGAAGGUCAUCUAUUUAGGCGAUGGAAGUGGCGAUUACUGCCCUAGUUUGAAGCUAGGAGAAGGGGAUUUUCUGAUGCCGAGGAAGAAUUUUCCACUGUGGGGCUUGAUUAGCCAAAAUCCACUUAUGAUUAAGGCAGAAAUCCACGAAUGGAGCGACGGAGAAGAGUUGGCGAGGAUCUUGUCGAGUUUAAUCAACACCAUUUCCAUGGCGGAAAAUGCACAGCUGUUGUCGCCCAAAAAUAUGGCCGUUCCCGCAUACGAAGCCCUGGCUUGCCCCUCUCCCAAACCGGCAAUGGUAGCCAAUUCAAUUCAAUUCAAACAACCAAUUUGUUAAACCAAUCAACAGUCUACCUAGUGAAAUUAGGAAUUAAAGGUGUAAUUUCGCAGACCCUAAUUUUUAACGGCUUUAAUAUUCGAUUCAAUUCA